GAGUGCAAGACUCAUUUGUGGAGGUGGCAGCUGUCUCGCGUAUUCACUAGGGCUGCACUCAAGUAUAUCGUACUGAAGGGCAGAAAGAUGAGAGAAUGCGAAGAUGCGGCGCAUGUCGCGUGAGCAGGAUUUCAUCGUAUUCGACGGGCUAAGGCCGUACAAAACCACUGUCGUGGUAAGGGCCAAUAUUGUCUGUUCGAGGUCUCGAUGCCAUCUGUAUCCUUUGAUUUUCAUGGGUCAUAUCGCGCAAGGCACAAAGAUGCCGAGAGAUAUUCACAAUUUGUGUGAUCAUCGGUUGUACGAUACAUGACAAGACUGCAGGUGAGAGAUGUCGUUGAGAGAAGAGUCUGGGGAAGCAGCGAUCGCUGUCAGGAACGCGGGGGCCAAGCAUGACGCUAUGUGGGCCGCGCAGGAAGACUUCUUGGAAGUUGUGAUUCGUGAUCACGUAACACUCACAAGAGCCAUAGCGACAAGAUGUCGCAAUCAGACGAGGAAGAUGACUACAUGAACAUGGUGUUCGAGGAUGCGCCAAAGGGCCCUAAGUUCGAAACAUCUCUGCAGCGCGCCGCGCGCAAGCGCAAAGAGGGUGAAGCAAGAGCGCGGCAGAAGACCAAGGCAGAGAAGGAAGCAGACGCUGAUGCAGCGCGAGAGGAAGCACUUGCGACCGCCCUGCCAGAGACCAACAAGGGAUUCAAAAUGAUGGCUAAAUUCGGCUUCAAGCAGGGCGACACACUAGGAAAAUCCGAAGAUGCGCGCAAAGCACCGAUCGCAGUCGAUAUUAAGGCAGACAGAGGAGGCGUUGGACUCGAGUCAGAGAAGAAGCGCAAGUUCAGAGAACAAUGGGAGGAGGCAGAGCGAUUGGCCAAGCGCUCAAAACAGGAAGAAGGCGAUUAUCUCGAGAUCCGCCGACAGGAGCAGAAAGAGAAGAAGGCUGAGAGAGAUCUCGAUAAUGCACAGCGCACAGCUGAGCGAUUGUUCGAGAAGGACGCUGAAGAAAAAGGCACACUGGAGCCCGGCGACAAGCCUCUUAAGGACAUCAACGUGCUCUGGCGCAGCCGCGCUAGAAGGAGGGUGGAGAUGCAGCAGAACAAGCAGCAACGGCGUGAGCUGGAUAACAGCCUUGCCUCGCGGCUGCCCACGUUAGCUGACGAAGGGGAUGUCGACAACGACACGAAGGUCGCAUUAGGCCAGGAUCUGAAGCCAUUCUAUACUACGCUCGAGAACGACCUCGAAGCAGAGGAUCCUGAGCUGGCCGAGUUCGAGGUAUUGCCAGUGACGGAGCGACUCCAAAAGGUAUUGCUCUACCUGCGGGAAAACUUCCACUACUGCCUCUAUUGUGGGUACCAGUAUCUUGAUGCGGAACUGGAAGGCUGUCCAGGAGUGACUGAGGACGAUCAUGAUUGACCUACUGCACAUUGAUUCCGGGCCAUCCCUGCGUUUGCGAUUGCAAUCAUCGUCAUAUAGACAAUCGACCAGUAAGUGUCGGAGGCAAUACGUAGAUCGAGGACACCUAGCAUUUCCGAGAGGAAUUGUGCUCAUGUGAUACUCAUCAGAGAUUGGAGCGCUACUACUACGGACAACGCCUGAUACCUUACGCAUCAAGUACGUGCCUCAUUGAGGGGCUUGCCGGCGGUGACGGCUGGUCUGGAACAUUCGUAGCUACCCAAUGGAAUUUUGCAAGACAGUAUGUACCUUCAGCUUAGAAUAGAG